AUGGAUGAGAAGACGGAGACUGUCACGUUUGAUGCAGACCGGCGUACGCCAAAGUACGGAUUGAAAGAUCUAUGGAUUGAAUUCAGUCAGUCUACAGGCCUUCAUGCAGUUGAUAAGAUUAAACUUCCUUCGAUGAGCCCGUUUAGCAUUCGUGGAUUGCUAUGGAUUUUAGCUAUGUGUUCAACUUCGGCGUUUCUCGUUUAUAACCUUGUCGGGGAGAUAGGGAACUACUACGACUACCCCACCGUCACCAAGGUCACACCCAAAAUCCAGAACUCCAUCGAGUUCCCUGCCGUCACCAUCUGCAACAGAUGCACCCUCAACAAAUCACGUCUUGAUGUUUACCCAGACAUGAUGAACUAUUUCUUCAAUAGUUCUAUGUUGCGGAUGAAAAUAAUCUCAUUUUCUGCACCAACUUCAGAUGUGUUUCAGGAACCAUUGUCUUUAGAAUGGUGGAAGAAUAUGUCUAUGGAAGGAUCCAAGAUGCUGUCUCAGUGUGUCUUUCAAGGUGACAUCUUUGAUUGCAUGACCAAGUUUCGACCUGUUUUCACUAAAGAGGGAUUGUGCCAUACCUUCAACUUCAAUUUGAGUGAAAUGGUCAAAGUGUGGACGGCAGGAGAAGACGCAAACCUCGUUCUCUCUUUCAACAUUAAUCAGAACGACUACACAUUCAGGAAAAACAUGGCUGCAGGGAUUAAGGUAAUAACGUCUUCCCUAAGACAGGAAGUGCUCACCCAUAAACUGGUUCCAGUCCUUGACCUGCCUCUGAAUAUAGGAGCAAAUUUUAGAAUGGAUUUCAGAUCACAAUGUAACAGUGUAAAGUGGGCAGUAAGAAAGUCCUGUGUGUAUAUGCAGGUAUUACUCCAUGAUCCACGCGUACACCCAGACGCAAGUUCCACUGUGGUGAUGGCCGCUCCCGGAUUCUCUACAUUUGUUGCUAUGCAAAAAUUUGUGUAUAUGUACCAGCCCCAUCCCUACACAGCAUUUGAUGACAUGAAAUGUGUGGACACAACCUCUUCCAAGUUUGUUAACCCUCUCAAGUACUACUCCCACUACACCUACAACCAUUGCUUCAUGGAGUGUGUUCAGAUGAAGGCCUUCAGUGAGUGUGGAUGUGUCGGACCUUCUGACCCACAGGAUGGUCCUAGAUGCUCGCUGGCAAAACUGGAUAGUUGUUACAAGCCCUUUGUCAGAUCAAUGUCUCAGGACGGUACCUUGGUGAGGGAAUGUGGAUGUGUCAGUGAGUGCACGUUCGACAGGUACCCUGCCCAGGUGUCCUCCAGCUCCUUCCCAGCAAACAUCUGGGACAACACCUUCCUCAACAUCACGAGGGCUCGGGACAAGGGCAGCAUGAAAGAAAACUUUCUGGAGCUGAGAGUGUUUUACGACCAGAUGACAGUGACAUCCAUUACACAACAAGCUCAAUAUACAGUGGCCUCGCUGUUUUCUAAUGUCGGGGGUCAGAUGGGACUGUGCCUCGGAGCCAGCAUCUUGACAGUCAUGGAGAUCACGGAGCUCCUGGUGUUCAUCAUCCUCUUCCUCUGUGACAAAUGUAGAGGAAGAAAAGCCCGAAACAGAAUCAACACCUGGUAGACAAUGACAUCUAAGAGUAUAACCAUUCUAUUAACCAGCACCCAACUGGUAGACAAUACAACUAACAUAGGAAUAGACAUUCUGUUUUGUUUGCUUCUUGUUAAACACCGCACUCAGCAAUAUCCCAGCUAUAUGAGGGUGGUCUGUAAAUAAUCGAGUCUGGACAAGACAAUCCAGUGAUUGAUAUCAUGAGCA